AUGGCGGGUCUUGUGCGAUUGACAGCCGCCUUGGCUGCAUCACUGAGCUUGGCGUCAGCAGCGACCAUCAACCACGAUUUCAACGUGACCUGGGUCAGGGCCAACCCUGAUGCAGCGUUUGAACGACCAGUUAUUGGCAUCAAUGGAAAAUGGCCGAUUCCUAGAAUUGAGUGCAAUAUCGGAGACCGGCUAAUUAUUAAUGUCAAUAACCAGCUGGGAAACCAGUCGACGUCGCUGCACUUUCACGGCCUAUUUCAGAAUGGGACCAACAACAUGGACGGCCCUUCGGGCGUCACCCAGUGCUCCAUCCCUCCGGGCAGCUCAUUCACUUACAACUUUACCGUCAACCAACCUGGCACGUAUUGGUACCACUCUCACAAUGAUGGCCAAUAUCCUGACGGUCUCCGUGGACCAGUCAUUGUCCAUGAUCCCGAGUUCCCGUACAAGAAAGAAGUUGAUGAAGAAAUCGUCCUAACGCUUUCCGAUUGGUACCAUGAUGAGAUUUCAACACUCAUCCCAAAAUUCAUUAGCAAGACAAACCCAACUGGAGCCGAGCCCGUUCCCAACGCUGCUCUCAUGAACGACACUCAGAACGUAACCAUUUCUGUCCAACCCGGCAAGACGUACAUGUUCCGUGUCGUCAACAUCGGUGCCUUUGCCGGCCAGUACCUCUGGUUCGAGGGCCACAAGAUGCGAAUUGUUGAGGUUGAUGGCGUAUACACCAAGGACGCUGAAGCUGAAAUGAUUUACGUCUCCGCCGCUCAGAGAGUGAGCUUCCUUCUGACGACCAAGAACGACACAUCUGCAAAUUUUCCCAUAGUCGCAAGUAUGGACACGACUCUGUUUGAUGUGCUCCCCCCUGAGCUCAACUACAACUCCACCGGCUGGCUCAGCUACGAUAAAUCCAAAGACUAUCCGGCCGCUGCUCUCGUAGACGAGCUAAACCCCUUCGAUGACAUGACGCUCGAAGCCUACGAUGGCAUGGAACUCCUCCCAGAGCCCGACCGAACCGUGGAGCUUAAUGUCAUCAUGGACAACCUCGGUGAUGGUGCCAACUACGCCUUCUUCAACAACAUCACCUAUGCGUUGCCCAAGGUCCCCACGCUCUACACAGCCCUCAGUGCCGGUGAAAUGGCCAACGACCCCAGGGUAUACGGCGAAUACACACAUCCGUUUGUCUUGAAGAAGAAUGAGAUUGUCCAGAUCGUCGUCAACAACCUCGACAGCGGUCGUCACCCGUUCCAUCUCCACGGCCACAACUUCCAAGCCAUCUACCGCUCAAACGAGUCUGCAGGUACUUUUGCAGAUGAAGGUGGAGAGACGGACAAGACGUUCCCCAGGGUGCCCAUGCGCCGAGAUACAAUGGUCAUUUGGCCCGAAGGGAACAUGGUCCUGCGAUUCAAAGCCGACAACCCAGUAGGAGUCUGGUUGUUCCACUGCCACAUCGAAUGGCACGUCGUUUCCGGCCUCAUCGCGACCUUUGUGGAAGCGCCGACCGAGCUGCAAAAGACGCUCUCCAUCCCACCCACUCACCUCCAGGCGUGCCAAAAGGGCAAUGUUGCCACUGAGGGCAACGCGGCAGCCAACACAAGGGACCUCCUCGAUCUCAGCGGCCAGAAUGAGCCCCCCGCUCCCCUCCCAGCUGGAUUCACACCCCGAGGCAUCGUAGCCCUAGUAUUCAGCUGCGUAGCAGGCCUCCUUGGUGUCGCCGUCGUAGCAUGGUACGGCUUCUCGCAGGCCGUCGAAGAAGCCCCCGGGGCUGUAACCAGCAUCAUCCGCAACGCAGACAUAUCCGAGUCCGACAAUAGCCAGAUUGUGUCCUCCAGUACCAAUGCCGGCAGAACUACUACCUAG